GUUGUGUCUGUAACAGGACACAGAACUCGUACGCUGGCUAGCAGACGUGCUGGUGGCUACUACAUAGAGCUAUGGCUGAAUAUUCUCACGUUAAAUCAACAAAAUUGGUUUUAAAGGGAUUUAAUAAAGGGAAAAAGAAGAAGCAUAAAGAUAAGAAGAGAAAGGCAGAAGAUGAUGAAGCAAAAACAGAUUUUGUCGCUGGCUGGUGGACCGUCAGCCGCUUUGGGGAAAUCAGUGGAACGGUUGCCAUAGAAAUGCAGAACAACUCGUACGUCCAUGCCCUGGAUAGCGGCCUCUUCACACUUGGUGCACCCCACAGAGCUGAUGAAGGACCUGACCCCCCAGAGCAGUUUACAGCCAUCAAGCUUUCUGACACAAGGGUAGCCUUGAAGUCUGGAUAUGGCAAAUACCUGGGUAUCAACUCUGAUGGUUUGGUAGUGGGACGCUCUGAUGCCAUUGGUGCCAGGGAACAAUGGGAAGCAGUCUUUCAGGAUGGCAAAAUGGCUCUCCUGGCAGCAAAUAGCUGUUUCAUCUCCUACAGUGACAGCGGGGACAUCGUGGCCAAGAGCAAGACAGCAGGGGAAGGCGAGAUGGUGAAGAUCAGGUCGAAUGCAGAGCGGGAGGUCAAGCGUAAAGACGACAUUGCAGAAGAAGACAGGGGCAACGUGAAGUCCUGUGAGGUCAAUUAUGUGAAAAAGUUUCAGAGUUUUCAGGAUCGGCGACUCCGAGUCAACGAGGAAGACACCUCAUCACUGAAGCGAGCCAGACUGGACGGGAAGUUCCAUGAAGAGUUGCUGGACAGGAGGAGCAAAAUGAAAGCAGACAGAUACUGCAAGUGAAGACUCAAGUUUGUAACUUGCUGAAAUGUUUUGUAAAUUUCUUUAUUUUUUAGAUUUGGCCAUUUGAUCUUACUUUUCAUGUAGUCUUAUAUUGUUUUUUAUCAUGGUAAUAAAAAAACAUGGUCAAAUCAGUGGUGUUGGUUCGUUCUUUCAAUUAAUAGAUAUUUGUCCUUUCACUUUGCUGUAGAGCUUUUUUUUUUUUAGUUUAACUUUUAGAGAUUGCCCUCUGUUUUGUAUGUCUAUGAAACAUUUUGUAAACGAAUCAGGCGACUGACUGGCCAGUAAAAUGUUACACGAACUGGAGCCGAGUUUGUAACACUCAAGGGAAACAACGGCUCAAAUUGAUCUUUAACUGACCUUUGAUUAAAGGUCAGAGUGUUUGUUUGAUGUAUUUAUGCAGAUUUUGAGUUGUUUUCUGUUGUGACAAAGAUAAAUGUCACCCACAAAACUAAUAAAUCCAUAAAAAAUGAAGUGUGUUGAAAAGGAAAUAAAGUGAAUUGGAUGUGCCCUCUACUCCAUCCCCUUGUUAGUCUCAUGCAUGAACCUUUGAUUCUUACACCAUGAAUAUUAAAUUGUCAAAUAAACACCUGUAAUUUUUUAAUUAACAUGAGCAGUGAAGGCUUAGAUUAAGCCAACAUGAAACUGGUGUUGUGUUCAUACAGUCAAAGUUUGGUGCAAGCUAGUCCAGAUCUUCCUCUUUGACCCUAUGAAAGUUUUCAUCCCAUAUCUUAAAUCUCAUGGCAGUGUCAACUUCAAGCCUUCUUCAAACUGUUUCAUCAAAGUCAGAAGCUGACACAGUCUCACAUGUUCACAUUUGUUCACGAGGUCAGAUCAUUUUUUUUAACAAGAAGUGGCUUAUUUUACAGCUGACUUUGUUUUGGUUAAAUAUGAUGUUUAAGCUUUUUAAUAUAAAUGCACAA